AUGUCGCACGCCUUCUCCCUGACCACUGCCGUCUUUGCUUUCCAUUGCCUGCCACCCAUCGAGCGUCAAGAGCUGACGACGCUGCUCCACACCCACAACGGUGUGCUGUACGACGUGACUCGAAGCUGCACUUCCGAUACUGUGUUUGUGAUCACGAGCUACUGGGCAGACUGCGCGUUCCCAGCAAUUGCUGCAUCGGAUCACAACGUGUCGUUUGAACUCGUCACGCGCUUUUGGCUGCUCGAGACGCUUCGACUGCAGCGAUGGCUGAGACGGGACAGUCAUCCGUUUUUCCAGCCACCUUUGCAGCCAUCCAAAUUAUGGCUACAAUAUCCCAUGGAGUAUUGCUACGACGCAGGACAGGACGAACAGGAGGCACGUGGCCAGAGCGAGGCGCAACAAGAGCCGCAACGACCGGACCGUGUUCGAUCCAGAACAACUACUGCUACUACUACUACUACAGCACAUCGAGUGCGACUGCCAUGCUCGCCCAACUAUCUCUUUCGAGACGAGGUGCCGCUUUGGCCAUACUUUGCAGCUUACUUGGCGCCACCUAUUCGCAAUAUGGACGAUCUCGCCGCGAGACUACAAGUACUAACGCUAUCGGAUCCAAGACGCAGAUUCAAUUGCUUGGAGUAUGCUGUACACAAGCUGCUCACGAUAGAGGAACAUAUGACGUUUUUCAGAGAAGUGCUGCCGCAAAUGGCACGCUUGGUGCUGGCAUUACCGCAGAUGUUCCCGACACCUUCGCCGCUACUGACACCACACGAAGUUGAUGGCUCGGCCGAUGCUGGUACAAGUGAUAGCGAAGCUUUGACAAUGGCAGCAAGUCUCGAGAGGACCAGAAGAGCCCAAGUGAUGACGACGAGCCACCGUUUUACAAAGCUUCAAGUAUUGACAUUGGUGUGCGGCUGCUUUUUUGGCAUUUUUCCUGACCAAGACAUUAGACGGAGCGCACCGAGCCGAAAAGUGAAUCGACGUGGCAACGAUAUAGGUACCAAUGUGAUUCGGUUUCCGUGCUUCACUGCAGUUCGGAUGUUUUCGGCACCUGAAAACAUGGGCAAGUUAGUGAGGCUUAAGGCUCAGAAGAUUCGAUGUCUCUUGCAGUACUUCUUGCGCGUGGUCCCGCUUUCCAUUGCCAAGCGCGAUGUGCUGGAGAAAGAAGUGAUUGACUAUACGCGUGUCAGUGUUCAAUUGCCACUUGCACACGAGCGAAAAAGUGCUGACCAACUAGCAAGGGAUUUCAUCAAGCUUGUGCAGCAUGCCACACAACAGGACGCGAAUGCUCAGCCGCGUUUGUACGCUGCGAGGUGUGUAUCGAAUACCUCGAUUGAAGAGAUGGAGCACCAUGUGCAAAUUGAUUUUGCAAACAAGUUUGCCGGUGGUGGAGUGCUCACAUCGGGAUGUGUCCAAGAAGAAAUCCGUUUUUUACUGUCGCCCGAGCUCCUUGUCUCGUGCCUCGUAUUUGCCAAGUUGGAAGCCCACGAAGCAUUUGUGGUUCAUGGAUCCGAGCGCUAUAGUGUGCAUCAGGGAUACGGUGCAUCGUUUGUCUAUCAUGGCAAUUUUGAGGACACGACAGGUUUACAAGCUAUGGCGGAUGGGUGCUUACGGCGAGAGUGUGUAAUUGCAGGAAUGGAUGCAACGGAUUAUGGUUCAGCACAGACGGAACGCCAGUAUACUCGUGGCCAUAUCUGGCGUGAUCUGGUCAAAGCUUAUGCUGGGUUUGCGUACCGAGAAGCAAGCGAUGAUGAACACAAGUGGCCAGUAGCUAGUGGCAAUUGGGGUUGUGGCGUGUUUAAAGGAGACCGUGAACUCAAGUUCUUGAUCCAAUGGCUAGCAGCAUCGCUCCAUCGUCGCGAACUGGUAUACGUUUUAUUCGACGUCGACUCGCAUCUACAAACAUUGGUGGAUCCACUGCUAGAGCUAGCCACUAGCUCCGAGGCACGUGCAUAUGACCAGCAAAGCGGUAAAGUACUCCAAUGGCUCAUGGCAUUUCUAUUCGACGAAGCGAAUUUCGACCGGAAGGCGCGAAGUGCAGAGAGCGUGUUGACACACGCUUUACAUUCACUGGAACGAGCGCUGGCGUUGUUCCGAGCUCGAGAAAGUCAUGAAGAAGACCGGCUUUUCGGAAACGAGCAGUUGGCUCGACCGGCUAUAGCGUCGUCAAGUACCACAGAAAAAGUGUCGAUGGCAGCCUCUUCUCGAGGUCGAGACCAAGCACAAGGGACGACGAAGAAGAAGUCAAAGACAAUGCAGACAAUGAGCUAUCAAACAUGCAACCCCAUGCGCAACGACAUGACGAUGACCAUUACCUGGCAAAUGUAA